AUGGAAUACGCCAAGAUCCCCCCACGAUCUUCGUCAAAGCCAACACCGUUUCAAGUGUCGAUCCCUGAUUCGCAGGUUGCACGUCUCCAUCGACACCUGGACCUCGCUGAACUCGCGCCCGAGACGUAUGAGAAUCUGAAAGAAGAUGAAAGUGUAGGGAUUUCUCAUGCAUGGCUUUCCAAUGCUCUCCACUCAUGGAAAACUCAAUACGACUGGCGUCAGACCGAGAAACGCAUAAACUCGUUCCCCAAUUACCAGGUUUCGGUGACCGAUGAGGUGGGAACGGAUUAUAGCAUUCACAUUGUUGCACUUUUCUCAGAGAAGCCAGACGCCAUCCCGAUCGUGAUGCUACAUGGUUGGCCUGGGAGUUUCAUGGAAUUCCUGCCGUGUCUCGACAUUGUCAGGAACCGCUACACCCCAUCGACUCUGCCUUACCACAUAAUUGUUCCCAGCAUAGUUGGCUACUGUUUUUCGACAGGGCCUUCGACCAAGUCAAAUACAACGGUUGCUGACGUUGCUUGGGUCAUCAACUCUAUGAUGGUUGGUCUGGGCUUUCAAGACGGUUACAUUGCCCAAGGCGGUGAUAUUGGGAGUUACCUGGCGAGGAUCCUCGGAUCAAAGUUUGAAGAAUGCAAGGCAGUCCACUUGAACUUCUGUGGCAUGCAAAAGCCACAGAAUGCCGAUGCCACGAGCGAAGCACUGAGUAAGAUCGAAGAGGCCGCACUCGAACAAUCCAGGCUGUCCUCCAUGACUGAAUUCGCCUACGCCCUCGAGCACGCCACCAGGCCGGCCACAAUUGGCUUCGUACUAUCGUCAAAUCCCGUUGCAUUGCUGAGUUGGAUAGGCGAGAAGUACUUGGCUUGGUCACACCAGAAUCCCCCACUCUCCGUGAUACUCGAUGCGGCCUCAGUCUACUGGUUUACCAAGACCAUCGCCCGCUGUCUAUACCCAUACCGCGACGUGUUGCGGUCUCCAUACCAUGACUUGCCCGAGUACUUCAUCCAUAAGCCCCUGGGCUUCUCAUCCUUCCCUUACGAGAUCACACCCACCCCGAUUUCGUGGGUUCGAUCGACUGGGAAUCUGGCAUGGAGCAGGACGCAUAGUGAAGGAGGCCACUUCGCCGCAUUAGAAACGCCUGAUGCCUUUCUUCGGGACAUUGAAGAUUUUGUAGCAAGUGUCUGGGCACCAUGA